CCAAGUGUCCGGUCCUCCAUAACCCCCUUGGACUUCCAAACACUAGGUGUCUGGUCAACCUUGACCCACCUGGAUUUCCUCAUGCCCGACUGCCUGACUUCACUCACCAGAACUUCCUUACUGCCCGCCUUCACUAGACUUUCCAUACCAAGUGUCCGGUCAACACUACCACUUAGAUUUUCUUUUUCUGCCAAUCUUCCCGUUGGAUUUGCCCUUACCUAACCUCCAGUAAGGACUUCCCAAUCAAGUAUCUGAUCAACCUUGACCUACUUGACUUCUGGUCAAACUUUGACCAUCAAUCUUUAUAUGGACAAUUUGACCUGCAAUCUCUAUACACUGUCAAAUAUCAAAACUCAAAUGUUAAGACUCAAGCUUGAGCCAACUCAAGUUUAGUCAACCCGGUCAACCUUGACUCAUGGAAAAUUGCACCAACAGUUAACAUUGGCAGGGUUAAAGCGGCUAGCUCUGUUCUCUAUUGAUGAUAUAUAAUGGUAGUCUGGUGUACGAAGCUCCUGCCAAUGUGGGGUUCCGAGGAAGGGUCUAUUGUACGUAGCCUUACUUUUCUUUGCAAGAGGCUGUUUUCAAGGCUCGAACAUGUGACCUCUAGGUCACACGACGACAACUUUACCGCUGCCCAAGGCUCCUCUUCUCUCUAUUGAAGAUAUGCUUCUAACAAUUUCUCAAGGUGCUAUUGGAAUUGCUUGUAGAGGCGCUGAUGAUAAAAUGGUAAAUUGUGCUGUUUUACUUUUUUUACUUUAGUUAACUUGCUUCUGCAAUCCUUUUCUGCAUAUUGAAGGUCAUGGCUUCCUCAAUGUAAGCCAGUAUUUGUAAAUAGGCACUAUUGUUUUUGCUGUUUCUGCUACGCACAAACUUCAUGCCACUAGGAUAGUUAUCCUUAAUUCUUUUCUAUGGCUUGACUUUAAAUUUCGUUCCAACUCCUUGAAGUAAACACAAAAGGUUGCUCAUGCGGGUGAGUUUGACACAGGAAUUAUAUAUCUAAUUUGUAGCAUUACCUUUAAUGACAUGGAAACUUUGUGACUCAAGAUGUUCAAGUAAAUGUUAUAAUAACACUACAAAUUCCACAAAACACAUAGCAUUCUUACUUCCAUAUCAAUAUGGGCAUAUCUAUUUUUUUUUCUGCGUGCAUGCGAUAUACAAUGGGCAUUGACAUUUCUUUGAUUGUGAAUCAGGCUAACUGCAUAGCUUCGUUGAACCAUCAUUAUACUCAAUUAGCUGUUGUCUGUGAAAGGGCAUUUCUUGAGACACUUGAUUGGUCUUGUUGUACACCAAUUGCUGGCUACGCUCAUCGUGAUACUGAUGGAAAUUGUGUUCUAAGGCGUUUGAUCAAUUCAUCUGACAGAAAACGAGCACUAGAGACAUCGAUAAAAGGCUUAUAUGCUCUUGAUGAUAUGGUGGCAAUGGGAAAAGACCUAGGCAGAGUUACUUUCAAGAGCUGGCCUAGGUUUCUUCAAUUGGUAACCUUUAUUCAGUUUACCUUCACAGAGUCAGGAGGAAUAAUUUAGACAGGAACUCGUUGCUGUCCAUUCUUUUCUUUUUUAGGCCUCAGGAUUAAACAAAGAAGGAGCUGUAUUCCUAAUUCCUGUAUCAUCUGACAUCUUAAACUAUUCUCUUACUCCUCUUCUAAUAAAGAAGUUUGAGAUGGAUGCAUGAGAUUAUUAAUGGGAUAAAAUAAAUUGUGAGCAAGUAAAUCUACCUGAUACAUGAUUACAUGAUAUAAAGUAGAUCAUGACUGUAUGUAUUUACUUGUGGAUGAUGGAUGCAGUUCAUGGAUAGGUUUAAUCAAUUAGAGGGUUUGUGUUUUAAGAAUA